GCAACCACCACAAUGGCACCACAGCAACACACAACGAAACGACACCGCUCGGCCAUAGCUACCUUUCGUUUGGUGUUUGGACUUGAGUAGAUUGAAAUUGAAAUGCUACAGUAGAUCUACAAGCAAAAGAAAUAUGAACCAUGAGUUUUUGGAAACCAGCUUCGUCGUCCUCCUCCGCUUAUCGAUCUUCUUCUUCUGUAUUAAGAGAUGACAAUGAGGAUCGAGGCGUGGAUGCUCCCACGUUCAACUUUAGCCGUGCCCCGUUGGCCCAGCAACGGAUGCUACUUCCCAUUUACAAACACAAGCGUCAGUUCCUAUACAGCAUGGAACACUAUGGAGUCGUCGUGCUUGUGGGAGAAACGGGAUGUGGCAAGUCGACCCAGUUGGUUCAGUUUUUGUACGAGAAUGGAUGGGCAUCGGACGAGAAUGAUUUUCAAAUAGUGUGUACGCAACCACGGCGCAUUGCGGCACAAACCUUGGCCCAACGUGUGGCACACGAAGAGGGGAGUGGCAGUGUGGGAGGUGUGGUGGGAUAUGCGGUGCGAUUUGAUGAUUGUACCACGCUUCAUCGGACCCGCAUCAAGUUUGUCACGGAUGGAAUUUUGCUGCGAGAAGCUACCCUACAAGAUCCACUGCUUUCCAGUUACUCGGUGGUGAUUGUCGAUGAAGCACACGAGCGAAACAUCAAUUCCGAUGUAUUGUUGGGAUUAUUGAAAAAGAUUCGAAAAAGACGACCCGAUCUGAGAGUCAUUGUGUGCAGUGCUACCAUUGAUGCCGAAGCAUUCUUGCAGUUCUUUGUGGGAAACAACAGCAACAGCACUGAUAGUAGUACUAGCAAGGGUAAGAGUGGUUCGGAAGGUGACAAGAGCACAGAUAGUCCACCUCCGGCCAAGAAACGAAAGAGUCGAUGGGAUCAGCCCAAAAACAAAGAAGAAGAUGCCUCCAAAAAGAAUGACGACAACCAACUACAACCAGAAAGCAACUAUCUGCAAACUGGGACGAUCAUCUCUGUGGAUGGACGUCAACACGCCGUGGAUGUUCUGUAUUUGGCAGAACCAGCACCCGACUACAUCAAGAAAUCUGUCGAGACAGCACUGGAAAUACACGCCCAAGAACCAAUGGCUGGCGACAUACUGUGCUUUCUACCCUCGGGGGAAGACAUUGAUCACGCCAUUCGCAUGGCACAAGAAACAUUGGAUCAGCAGCAACAACAACAAUCAUCAUCCUCUAGUAGGAAACGAUUCAAACCCGUCGAUUGCCUACCUCUGUAUAGUGCAUUGCCCUACCAGAUGCAGGCACGAGUCUUUCAACAAGCAGAUCGAGGAGGAGGCAAGAAACAGCAACAACGUCGUCGCAUCAUUUUCUCCACCAACAUGGCCGAAACAUCCGUGACGGUACCACGCAUUACCCAUGUGGUGGACUGUGGAUUGGCCAAACUACCCUACUUUGAUCCCAAGACGGGCUUUGAUAGAUUGAUCGUGACGGAAACUAGCCAUGCCAGUGCUCGACAACGAACGGGACGAGCAGGACGCGUCCAAGCCGGCAAAUGCCAUCGUCUGUACACGGAAAAGUACAUGGUGGACAAGAUGCCAAUCCAGACUCCGCCAGAGAUCUUACGAACGAAUCUAACAGGAUUCAUAUUGACGCUCAAAGCUCUGGGAGUCGACAAUCUAUUGUCCUUUGAUUUGUUGGAUCUGCCCAGUAUUGAUGCCCUCUCCCAUGGAUUGGAAUGUCUCUACGCACUGGGUGCCAUUGACGACAAGACCAAUCUUACCAAAUUGGGAAUGGACAUGUCGGCGUUUCCCACCGAACCUCGAGUCGCGCGUAUGCUGUUGGAAUCGUUGGAGAUUGGUUGUUCCUGGGAAAUCCUGAGUGUGGCCAGUGCCAUGCAAGUACGACAAUUGUUUGUCAAGCCACGGGGUGGUGGCGGACAGAGCCAGCAACGGUUGUUGGACUACGAAGCUGCCAUGUCGGAAGUUGCCGAUCCCAGUGGAGAUCAUGUCACGUACGCCAAUAUUAUUGCCGAGCAUGAUGAUCGCAGCGGUAUCAGUAGCAGUCGGAUCCAUGUGGACGAGGACGAAUGCCGCGAGCGGUUCUUGCAUCCUAUUGCUCUACGGCGUGCACUCGAGGUUCGCAACCAGCUCACCGCAUUCUUGCGCAAGUACGGCAAGAUCAAGGCGUUUGGGUUGGCCGCGGGGAUUGGUGCCGCGGGUGGUGGCGGUUCUCUAGAACGCAGCCGUGCCAUUCGGAAAUGCGUCACGGCUGGAUUCUUUUUCAAUGUGGCAAAACUGGCAAACGACGGCCGGUAUUAUACCAUUCGCAAGAAUAUCCUUGUCACUCCCAGCCGUGCCAGUGUGUUUCACUCGCAUGGCAGCAGCAGUGAAUACAUUAUCUUUUGUGAGACCCAUGAUGGAACUAGAGGGGGCAUUGAACUGAGGUCCAUCUCCACGAUUGAUGCGCGGUGGCUCCGAGAGCUAGCAUCGCAUUAUUGGGAAUGA